AUGGUCGCCUUCAAAAUCCCCACCGUCGCUGUCGAUGUCCGCACAAACAACUUCGCGACCGUCUUCGGGACUGUCUCCAUGUCCUCAAACUGGCAAAUGCGUGUGAUCAGCUACACGAUCAAGUCUGACGGGUCGAUCAUCGAAACCGUCACGUUCUACCCCGAGGAGCAGCACAAACCCUCGCAACUCUGGCUUGAGGACCCAAAGACGAAAGCCAAGGUGCACGCAUGGACUCCCCCCGUGCUGAACGAGCCGACGCAGGUCAUCCUUGAGUUCCAGCACUCCAAGGACAACGGGACUACAUGGCUCCCGAACUCGGUGGACAAGAACGAUUUCAGCGAGUAUCCGGUGCCUGUGGGCGAUAAGAAUACGCUCAACACAAUUAUCGUCACUAAAGACCAUGAUGGGUCUGAAUAUUCCAACGGAGAGAUCAGCGUGGUUCAGAUGCCUGCUCCUGUCCCGUAUUGA